AGGUCGGGACUCCGUUCCUCUCCACCGCAGCUGCCGCUCUGCGCUCCGUCAGUGUUCCAGCAGCAGUGGAGCGCAGCGCCACGCUGACCGUCUGUCAUUACAUCCGGAUCUCUACACUUUUUACUGUAUUUGGGAAAGGAACUGAGUGGAUAACCUGAGGAAAUAAGGGGUCUCCACAGCCAAGGUUGGGACGAGGACACAAUCUGCUUCUUCGCCAUUUGCCCAUCAGCAGACCAAGUGCCUUGGUGCCGGCCACCCUCAGGUCAUCUCAUUUGGGAUGGGUGCCAAACUAUAAGUCUUGACCUGCCGCCCCUUAGAAGACCUGCACUAAACAAAUAUUUGAGGCCAUUAUAUCUAAUUUCACCAGGCAACCACCACCAAAAAGAUCAACAGUAAAGGGUGCAGUUAAGAGACGAAAGGAGAGAAGGGAAAAGUGGGGGAGGAAGAGGUAACCCUUUCAAACUGCACCCCUGCCUAUUUCUGCCACGCUGUGGGCAGGGAGCAUCUUAUUUAGGAGCGCUGUUGGCUGACAAAAAAAGCCCUUCCCCGUUCCCUGCCUGGUCAGAUGUCUGGGUAAAUACUAGAUAGAGAUAUCAAUUAGUCUGAGUUCUUCCACGCCCAACAAAGAGACUAAGCUAUCUAUAGAAAGCAUAGCAACAAACUUGGACUUUUGCGGUCACUUCGACUGCCACUUCUUCAUAACCCUUUGAGAAAGAUUUGAGAGUUAUGAGAAACAGGAAUGAGAGCCUCUGCAGUUUUUGACUGUUAGAACCUUCUCCAAAGCCAACAACAGCUCACUGUGGGGACUGGAAGCCCUGAGCCGGUUUACAAGCUGUAGUUUUGAUGUCUUUCCCAGCUCAGUAAAGUAACAUGAAACCCCUCACUCCAAUUGGGUCCCCCUCUCCUCUGAGGCUUCUCAACAAGGGUCCAGAUUACCUGCGCAGGCAGAUCGACGGUGGGGGUCACGGCCGUUCAGUCAGCGCUGUGGAGAGGCUCGAGGCUGACAAAGCCAAAUAUGUCAAAAGCCAGCAGGUGAUCAACACCAAACAAGAACCUGUGCUUGUGCCCUGUGCCACCCCGCCGCCGCAGCCUCGGAGAGCGAUCUCUGUACCUGGUAGUUUGACCCCUCGUCUUUCCCCACGGCGUUCAUCCAACACCCCCUUCUCUACUCUCUCUGGCUCCUUCACCUCAAAAGAUGAAAAUGAAAACGAUGAAAGGAAGGAGAACAGAAGGACUUCUGUUGACAUUAAAUCACAUAACAGGAGCAAUGUGAGCAAGGAUAUGCCUCCAAGCCCCAGGACACCUGGAAUUAACAGCCUGGUAGCACCACACAGUGCUCCAGUCCUCAGAAGGAGUACUGGCAAACGCAUGCUGAGGCCAGACUCUCUGUUAAUAUACAGGCAGAAGAAAGAGUGCAAAAGCCCUAACAGCUCCACACUGGGAGAAAACAAUAACAUGGAGGUGAAGGGAUAUAGUUUCGUACGCCGCCUCUUCCAGGGUUCAAUGAGAGAGAAGGGUGGUGGAGGAGAAAGAGUUCAGAAGAUGGUGAUAGGUGAGGAGAAAGCACCAUCACGGGAUGGGGACUCUAGAAUGUCUUGGACCAACGACAAAGAUGCUACAGAUGGAGGACCAAUGACCCGGAGGUCAAGCAAGACGGACCAAGAACGCAGCCCAGAUUCUAUCCAAAGUCCAGGUUUUAACUGCACAUUAGAAAACACAAAAAAUGGUUUUAUAAAUAGCUCCAAUGACCAAAUAAAUAGUGAUGUUAUUAACAUCAGGCAUGAGGAUGAGAAUGAUCCUUGGAAGCGUGCAUCCCCGAUGCCACGGAGACGGCAGUGUGGAGAACUGCAGCGCUCCAAGUCAGACCUGCGUUUGUGCUAUUCGGUAGCAUUAUCAGAGCAGGAGUAUUUCUUUGACUACUGUGGACUGGACAUGGACAUGAUAGAGCGCCUGGGCCGGGAGAAUUUCCUUUCUAAUGCCAGCUCCAUAGACACGCUUUCGUUGGCUCUGCGCAGCGUAGGAGGGGAUGGUUGUGGUGGUUCAGAACCCAGCGAGUUCUCCCGCCACUCAGGAGAUGGACUGUUCGAGGAAGAACUGGCGGAGCAGCUUCCCACCGGUGUGUCCAUUAUUGAGAGAAAUGCUCGUGUCAUUAAGUGGCUGUAUGGGUGCAAAAAUGCAGCUCAGGAAGGACCCAAAGAGUCAACUGUAUAGAAUGGGGAUUGAAGAUUUACAGUUGAACCGGAUGUUUACAUACACUGUGUAAAAAGACACAUAAUCUUUUUUUCUAAAAUCCAAUCCUAAUUGACCUUAAACGAGAAAGGUUUAGCCUGAUUUAAUGUCAGACAAUGAGAAAAACAUGGUAAGGUGUCUUUUUCCAAUGUCUGUAAACAUCCAGUUUGAACUGUAUUUGCCAUGGAAUGCUAAGAGGCUCUUUUCACAUAAACUGUAUGCCAGUGUUUAAGUGUAUGCUUAAAGAUUGCUUGAGAUAAGUCUAAUUAGAAAAUUCAACAGAUGAAGAAUCUACCUUUGCAGCAAUAAUUUAUAAACCAGAGUUUCAGUGACCAAACAUCACAGUUUUCAGUCAAUAUUAAAUAAUUUUUCAAAAGUAAACCCUUAAAGAUUUUUUUUAUGUGUUUUCAUUUAUUUAAAAACAUAGUGUUAAAUUCAAAUGUGCAUGUUAAUUGAAAGUUAGCUGGCAAAGAACAAUAGAAACCUGCAAUCUUACAGCACAAAACAGUAUUUCUCUACAGACACCACCUACUGGGUGAUAUCAUAAUAAUAAGGGGUAGCUGGAUUUGGAUUAUUGACAACUCAUUAAUUCAUUUAUAAGUUGAAGUUUCUUUACAUAGCACCAAUUCACAACCAUUCAUAUCCAUUUGUAUAAAAUCCAAUUUCAUUUUAAAUCAUUCCAACACAAUCCAUCCACUCAGAUCUAGAUGCGGUUACGUACAGUCCAGUUUAAUCCUAAGUAUUACACAAUACAACCGAUAAAAUCAGUAAAAGGUUAUCUAAGGAAGUUCAGCAGGUUGCAUUGAAUCACUGACUUCGCAGCAAGCGUGGUAAUAUGUACAGAUUAAAAAUAAUCAGUAUACUAUAAAAAUUAUAUACGUAUUAUUCAAAGGUCUUGAGUCAUCCUUCAUGUGUUUACUGUUUUGACUAAGGGAGCCGGACUUAUUUGUAAUAUUUUUAGUGUCUUGAUAAAUUUUCUCCUUUGAAUCAGCCAGGCAUAAAUAGGAUCCAUAAUCCAGAGGAUUAAAUUGGUGUUGUAUCAACAUACACAGAGACACUGUGACAAUUAGUAUAGUUUCUUUUAUUACUUAAAUUCUCCGUUAUUUGUGCUGUUUUGCAAAGGACACGAUUGGUUUUCAUUUCUUAAGUUGUAUGGUAAAUACCAAAGAACAGAUGACAAUCAGAAGUUUGUACUCUAACACCAAAAAGGAGAAUCAUAAACGGGUUGCAGGCUUAAAAUUUAACACAUAGUUGAUGAUUAUUGCAAAGGUUUAUGCAUUUACCAGGUCUCGUGUCAAGCCUUUGUUGGAUUUUUGUUCUGUUUAUUAAAACACACACACACAUUUAUAAUGUAAAGCUACAGCCUUUGUACGGUUUUUACUUUUCAUAGAUCUCAAAUCAGUGUCUCCAACAUUCCACGGCACAUAAUUCCUUUACUCCAAACAAACUGUUUUGUCAAACUGCAGAACAGCUCAUAGUUUUGUCCUGUCAAAUUUAAAUGUUGUAUUUAUAGGGACUAUUUGUAUGAGUGUGGACCUUUCUUACUGUCAGGUGCAGCAGUUUCUCCCAACAUAGUUUGUUAGUAUCAGUCGGUGAGUGAGUUGGACAUUUUCCUCUAUAUUUUUAGUUUCUUUUCAGUUUUUUGUUUUUGCAGAACUGGAUUCUGAGCUAACUUGAAUUUCCCAUAUAACCUCUCACAAGGCACAUAAAUGUGUGUAUUUAUGUUUGAAACUUUCAUAAAGGUUGUUACUCCUGACACUAAUGCUCCCCCUUUUUAAGUAAUUUAAAAUGGAAAACCACUAAGCUAUGAUUUUUCUUUGUAAACACGGAUUGUGUGAGAGUGAAGUGAAAUGCAUGUACCUCAUUUGAAUCUAUCCCAGUUGAGUCUGUUUCUUUUCAUUUUUUGGGUUAGGGUUAGUCUUUGAACGCAGGCGUUAGGGUUAGUCUUUGAACGCAGGCGUUGGAAUACACAUGUGAGACGCUCCUGUGGGGUGUAUUAUUGCACUGAGGAGGAGGUGUACAAAUCAGGAUGUUUAACACUGAGCUGGAUUCAGAGGAACAUCUGCAUCCAGAAAAACAACAAGCAAUAUUUGGCCAGAUGAAUAUUUUUAUUUUCAUUUAUUUAAACUGCUUGAAAAGGUCAAGGGAAUCAUUCAAGUCUAGUUUCUGAUUCACAAACCAUAAUAAACAUGGAAAACCUGAGGUAAUAGUGAAUCCUGUAAAGACUUUGAACAGAAAUCUCUCAAACUAACAUGUUCAGCUCUGUUUGGAAAGAGGCACAAGCUGUUAAAUGUUUUAGGGAGUCACUUUCACCAUCUGCCAGUUUACAGAUGUUUAACCCAUGCAGCUGGCCCAUGAAUGCAUGCAGGGGAGGCUCAAUCGGCCCUUCUCUCACUGAUAAGCACAGAUCCUACCUCACUACAUCCAUCUUUCACUGCUUCACACUUUAUCUCCCUGAUAGGUCAUUCCCAUUGCUUGCCCUGGAGGAUGCCACUGUAAGCUGUUAAAGUAUGUGGAGUUUAGCUGGCGAGGCUAAAAAUUCAUGGGCUUGGUUUAUUUAUACAUGUCAUAAAUUAAUACUUGUAGCCUAGAUGUUUCUCUGGAUUUGUCAUGAGCAUGACACACUUCUGACACAGCUUCUACAUGGACCUUUUUUGUUGCAUGUUUACAAAGUGGCUCUAAAAUGUUUGAUUGAUUUUUAAAAUGUGAUGUAUAAGAGAAAGUUUUUAUUCCAAAGAGGUUUUGUGUAUAAUGUACACAGCUAAUAAAACAAGAAAGUUAAA